GCCGUGGCGGCCCCCCCUAUGGUGCGCGCCGAGGAUGGCGGAGAGACGGCGCAGUGAGGAAGACGAUGACUUUCAAUAUAUGGAUCAUGACUAUGAAGUACCACAGCAAAAAGGUUUGAAGAAGAUAUGUAGCAAAGUGAAAUGGACCCGUGAAGAGGAUGAAAGGCUAAAGAAGCUGGUGGAACAAAAUGGUACAGAUGAUUGGGCUUUCAUUGCUAGUCAUCUACAAAAUCGUUCAGAUUUUCAGUGCCAGCAUCGAUGGCAGAAGGUACUAAACCCAGAAUUGAUUAAAGGUCCCUGGACAAAAGAAGAAGAUCAGAGGGUUAUUGAAUUAGUUCAGAAAUAUGGUCCAAAGCGCUGGUCUCUAAUUGCAAAACACCUGAAAGGAAGAAUAGGCAAGCAAUGCAGAGAAAGAUGGCAUAACCAUCUCAAUCCUGAGGUAAAAAAGUCUUCGUGGACAGAAGAAGAGGACAGAAUAAUCUAUGAAGCUCACAAGCGUUUGGGAAACCGAUGGGCUGAAAUAGCAAAACUUCUUCCUGGAAGGACUGACAAUUCAAUUAAAAAUCACUGGAAUUCAACAAUGCGAAGAAAGGUGGAACAGGAAGGAUAUUUGCAAAGCGUUAUAAAGUCUGAAAGCGCUAGUUCUGCUGAACUUCAGCCCCAACCUUGUCUGACUAUGGAACACUUGCACACUCAGAAUCAAUUUUAUGUGCCUGUUCAGACACAUAUUCCAACAUAUCAAUAUGCCUCACCAGAAAGCAGCUGUCUAGAACAUGCUCCAUCUUCUUCCAACAUAGUUCAGCAGCCAUUUAUUGAUGAUGAUCCUGAUAAAGAAAAGAAAAUAAAGGAACUUGAAUUGCUACUUAUGUCAGCAGAGAAUGAAAUCAGAAGAAAACAAAUGUCUUCUCAAGCUGGAAGCUUGUCUUGUUGGUCUGGAAAUUUUAUCAUGGAGGAUUGCAUGCCAAAUACACUAAGUAGCCUUGAGGAACAGACAAGUAAUUUCUACAGCAUGGACGAGACCCGCAUCACACCUGUUCAGCAGAAUUCACCACCUAAGUAUUUGGGUGUAGAAGCAAAUAGAAUGUUAACACCUCUACAAACCAUUCCAGAAUUUGCAGAGACACUAGAUCUUAUGGAAAUCGAUCCAGUAGCAUGGAGUGAUACCUGUUUUGAGCUUUCCGAGGCUGUUGUAUCCCCUGUCAAGCCAGCUCCGGUAAAACUAAUGCGGCUUCAACACAACGAAGGGGCUGCCGAGUGCCAGUAUAAUGUCGACGUUAUGCUUGAUGGUAAAAACCACAGCAGCAUCAGUGGGGAUGAGGAAACAGUGUUUUCAGCAACCUCAAACUUAACUAAGCUCAGCAAUCCACCUGCUAUCCUGAGAAAGAAGAAGAGAUUGCGUGUUGGGCAGUCCCCGGGCACUGAUCUGAACGAUGGCUUGUGUAAUGAUGCCGUCAAUGUUGCACUAAAGCGGACGCCAGUGAAAACACUACCAUUUUCUCCAUCACAGUUUUUCAAUACUUGCUCUGGAAAUGAACAAUUUAACUUUGAAAAUCCUGCAUUUACAUCGACUCCAAUCUGUGGGCAGAAAGUUCUUAUUACGACUCCUCUACACAAGGAAAUGACACCACAAGAUCAAAAGGAAAAUGUGGGUUUUAGAAGUCCCACAAUGAGAAGAUCUCUUUUGGGUUCAACACCAAGGACACCAACUCCUUUUAAAAAUGCUUUGGCUGCUCAGGAAAAAAAGUAUGGUCCUCUCAGACUUAUGUCACAACCACUUGCCUUCUCGGAGGAAGACAUUAGGGAAGUUUUGAAAGAGGAAACUGGAACAGAUAUAUUUCCCAAGGAGGAAGAUGACACUUUGUAUAAAAACUGCAAGCAGGAGCACAACUUUUCUAAAAAAGUCAGAAAAUCACUGAUCCUAGAUUCCCAGGAAAAGGAAGAGGUUGGGGCCCAGCGCUUGACAGAAGAUAAUAGUUUAGAUGUACAGUCAAAAAAUGCAUAUACCACAUCUUUGUUAAUGACACCGUUGUUGGAAAUACAGGACAACAGAUGUAACCUGACAUCAGAAAAACAGGAUACAAAUCCAGCAAACAAAGCAAAUGCAGUAAUUAAGAAGAAACUGAAUGCAUGUGCUACAAAAAAUGUCAAAAUGGAGAAAGCUCUUCAGCCAAAUCGUGACUGGGAGGCAGUUGUUUAUGGAAAAACAGAAGACCAGCUUAUCAUGACUGAACAAGCAAGAAGGUAUCUGAGCACAUACACAGCUACCAACAGCAAUUCAAGGUCUCUGAUACUGUGAUGGUCACUGCAGCUGACAACCAUCUCUUUCCAUUGAAACUGAAACAAUGUUGGAGGCGAUUCCCAUGUGAUAUUUGGGAAUUAAGUCUUUGAGAGAGUCUGCCAAGGGAAACCUUAAAACUACCUUAAAGCUUCCUUUCUUCUUUUGACUGACAAAGAACAGACAUGAAGCUCUUACAUGCUUUACAAAA